AUGGGCUACUUUUCCGCUUCCGCCGUUGACGGUCGCUCCAGUGUUGACAGACCGUUCCUAUCCGAUGAAUCGGGAGAAAGGGUCAUCGAGCAGGUUGAUGAAAGAAAAAUCGCCAGGCUCAAGCGAGCUAUCGUCGCAUUCGGCGUCGUCAUCGUCGUCCUCGUCGUGAUUUGCUUUGCACUGGUCGUGCGUCUUCAAUACUCGACACCAAUAUUCCCAGGACAGGUGUACUCGCCUGCUAUGGAUGUUAUCAGGCACAAGAACGUCGUCUUUACCAGCGGCUUCGGUUCCGAGCGAACUGCGUACCAGGGGCCACCGACGCCGGAGCGUGAUGCUCUCUGGGAUGACCUGUAUUCCUUUGGCAUCAGUCGUAUACCGCGCGAGUCGGCCGCUAAACUUGUUAAUAAAACGGUUCCUCUCCCGGGGAGCAAGGGCAGUUACGUCGUUGAACUGAACAUAUUUCAUCAACUGCAUUGCCUCAAUAUGCUUCGGAAGCGACUCUACAGCAAGCAAGACUAUGCGCCCGACCACGAGCUCAUGGGGAUCGAGCAUCUGGAGCAUUGCUACGACGCUCUUCGGCAAAGCCUGAUGUGUUCGGCCGACAUCACCCCCCUUCCGUGGCAAUGGGUAGAAGCCGCACAGGAAUCCAAGGAGGUGGCUCAGGUUGCCCAUACAUGCCGGGAUUUUGACGCCAUCAAGACGUGGGCGAAAGAAAGAGAAGUGGUUCACUUUGACAGAAAGACGUACGUGCCGGAUGAUUUGGAUGCGUAG